UAUAAAUGUAGAACAGAGGUACUGAAGAGUGCACCUUCCUAUAACCCCAUGCAGCAGCUUCCCACAACCAACAACCCUGCACAGAAACGAUAGGCCAGAAAGAAGAGCGAUUAGCAAUAUCAAAGCUAACCGAGAAGCCGAAGGGAGAGUAUUUCUUCUUACCAUCUUUGUUUCCAUGGCAGCUCAAACCAUGGUGAACUCAAGGGCAUUAGCAGCGUCAGUAGCAGCACUAGCAUGGUUUCUGUUGUUCACGAAUCUCGUCAUCUCUGGCCAUGCCGUGCGUGCCGAAAGACCAUUACCACAUGAUAAAGCGCCGGAGGUCUCUGCAGAGGACACCCGGAGACCAGGGCUCUUGGUUAGAGCUGCGAAUUUCUUGUGGCAGAGCGGGGAGUCCUCCUAUGAGCCAGUUUGGCCGGAAAUGGAGUUUGGAUGGAAACUGGUGGUGGGAUCGAUAGUCGGCUUCUUUGGCGCAGCACUGGGUAGUGUUGGAGGGGUUGGCGGCGGCGGGAUAUUCGUGCCAAUGCUCACUUUGAUCAUCGGCUUUGACCCCAAAUCCUCUACUGCCAUCUCGAAAUGUAUGAUAAUGGGGGCGGCCGGAUCGACAGUCUACUACAAUUUGAGACUCAGGCACCCGACACUGGACAUACCCCUCAUAGAUUACGACCUGGCUUUGCUCUUCCAGCCCAUGCUCAUGCUGGGAAUCAGCAUUGGAGUGGCCUUCAACGUCAUGUUUGCCGAUUGGAUGGUCACCGUGCUGUUGAUCAUUCUCUUCCUCGGUACUUCAACUAAGGCAUUGAUCAAAGGCAUAGAUACAUGGAAGAAGGAGACACUGAUGAGAAAGGAAGCAGCCAGGUUGAUGGAAGCAGAAGCAGAGCAAGCUGAAGGUUCCAAGGAAGACUACAAGCCACUGCCCAGCGGUCCGGCUGCCUCACGUGAUGAACAGAUUCCCCUUGCAAAGAACAUCUACUGGAAAGAGUUGUCGAUGCUUCUUUUCAUAUGGGUAGCUUUCCUAGCUGUGCAGAUCAUUAAGACAUACACAAAGACCUGCUCAGUCAAGUAUUGGAUUCUGAACUCUUUACAGGUACCAAUUGCAUGCUCCGUUACACUCUUCGAAGCAAUAGCAUUAUACAGAGGAAAAAGAGUGAUUGCGUCCAAAGGGAAGGAGAUUACAAAUUGGAAACUUCACCAGAUACUUCUUUACUGUUCCUGUGGUAUUAUUGCCGGUAUGGUGGGUGGUCUGCUAGGCCUUGGAGGGGGCUUCAUCCUCGGACCCCUUUUCCUCGAAUUGGGAAUCCCUCCUCAGGUAGCAAGUGCGACGUCAACCUUUGCAAUGACAUUCUCGUCUUCAAUGUCAGUAGUUCAAUAUUAUAUACUCAAAAGGUUUCCAGUUCCAUUCGCUUCAUAUUUCAUUUUAGUUGCAACUAUUGCGGCCAUUGUUGGUCAGCAUGUCGUGAGAAGGAUCAUCGCAAUCCUCGGCAGGACGUCCAUAAUCAUCUUCAUACUGGCUUUGACCAUCUUCGUGAGCGCGAUAAGCUUAGGUGGAGUAGGCAUCUCGAACAUGGUCGAGAAGCUGGAGAACCAAGAAUACAUGGGUUUCGAAAGCCUCUGCUACGAAUCUUAAGCGCUCAUCUGGGGCCGGUGAUUCGGCCUAGCUGCGAAACUUGCUCGCAGGCAGCCUCUCUGAAUUUCUGUCAAAUUUGUUUUGUUCAACUAUAGGGUGAUGUCUGAUAUUAGUGGAUCCGCAAUCCACCUACAUGAUGUCUCCGGAAACCUAUACAGUCCGGAGCUUCAUCAUGUUUUUUGAGCAUCCUGUUUGUUUUAGUUUGCCUCAGUUGUUUUUGCCUAAUGAGCUUCAAUUCAACAUUCAUGUAACAGCUGCUAUAUGUGGAAUAAGAUAAACUUUCAGAUC